CAGAUUUGGUAAAAAAUAUUACUACUGUUUUGGGCUCUCUAUUUAAGCUGAAUUGACUGUGACAAAAGGCAUGUCUGGAAAACAAGAGGGUGAACGGCCUUUGCCGGAAAUAAAUUCCUGCAAGGUCAUCAUCAAGAGAUUGUUUGCCAGUUCCUACAAGAACAUCGCUUGGGUCUUCUACGAACCACUGGAUGCCCAGCUUUUGGGCCUCCACGAUUACCAUGAGAUUGUUAAGGAACCAAUGGAUCUAUCCACCGUGCGACACCGUGUUAAUACGGGUUGUUAUCAGACAGCCGCGGACUUUGCCAAGGAUGUGAGGCUGAUUUUCUACAACACCUAUUUAUACACGAAUCCAGGUCACUUGUGCUACGAAAUGGCCAAAAAGCUGCAGCUCGUCUUCGAGGAGAUGUACGCCCAGGUUCAGCUUUACAAUUGCCAGGGCAAUAAUCUGGAUCCCGACGAUGACAGCUCUUCAAACUCUUCAAGCUCUUCAGACUCUUCGGAUGACAGCUCGGAAACUAGCUCGAAUGAAGCUGAGGUGAGCAGUUCGGAGGUCGCCUCUUCGAUUCAACAGGAUCCUCCGGAGUGGACUCCGCCACAAAUCUCGGGAAAUUCGAGGGACGGCAAUCCCUUUACCACCGAAGAGGAUCUCGAUCUGCACGCCAAGAUCCAGCAACUGGAUGGUGAGGUGCUGCUGCACGUGAUCCACUUGGUCCAACGGAUGGAGGGCGCCGAGUAUGGUAACAAGGAGCUGGAGUUCGACGUCUGCCAACUGAAGGUGCACACCAAGCGCUCCAUCCUCGAUUACUUGGCCAGCAAGGGGUUCACGGGGAAAAGAGUGGCCCGCACCAAACCCAAAUACAACUGAUUCUUAAAUCCGGAA